AUGACGGAAAAACCUCUAGGCUUUGGCUACCAGAUUGGGGCCGGAGCUAUUGCUGGUGUCUCUGAGAUUCUCAUAAUGUACCCGUUGGACGUGGUCAAGACAAGAGUGCAACUCCAAGGCAGAGCGCCCGUCCCCGGUCAAGACUACUACACUGGCAUGUUCGACUGCCUGCGCAAGAUUGUCAAAAAUGAAGGACCCUCUCGGCUAUACCGUGGUAUCGGCGCUCCCAUCAUGAUGGAAGCACCCAAGCGAGCCACCAAAUUCGCGGCGAACGACUCCUGGGGCAUAUUUUACCGGAACCUCUUCGGCGUGGAGAAGCCGACUCAACCACUCGCCAUUUUGACCGGCGCGACGGCCGGUGCAACUGAGGCGUUCGUCGUCGUCCCGUUCGAACUGGUAAAGAUCAGAUUACAAGACCGUGCGUCGGCGGGCAAGUAUAAUGGGAUCAUGGACUGCGUGGUCAAGACAGUAAAAGCUGAAGGACCCCUGGCCCUUUACAACGGCCUGGAAUCUACGCUGUGGCGACACAUCCUCUGGAACGCAGGAUACUUCGGCUGUAUCUUCCAGGUCAAGUCGCUCAUGCCCAAGGUCGACAAGUCCGAGCGCGGCAAAGCCAUGCUGAACGACUUCAUCUCAGGCACGAUAGGUGGCACGGUCGGCACAAUCCUGAACACCCCCAUGGACGUGGUCAAGUCGCGGAUCCAGAACUCGCCCAAGAUCAGCGGCCAGGUGCCCAAAUACAACUGGGCCUGGCCGGGUCUGGGCACGAUCAUGAAGGAGGAGGGCGCCGCGGCGCUAUACAAGGGAUUCUUGCCGAAGGUGCUGAGACUGGGGCCCGGAGGUGGCGUCUUGCUCGUCGUGUACACCGGCGUGAUGGAUUGGUUCCGCAAGAUGGGCGCCCAGCCCAUCGGCUGA